AUGAGUGCUGACGCUGAGGACGGAGAAAAAGAGACCCCUGAGGCCGUCGGCUUCUGGGACCCAGCUCUCAAGUCCACUCGCAACAAGGUCUUCUUCAAAUGGGGCCGCACAGCGCUGCUCCUCUGCACCUUCAUUCUCUGCGUCCUCUCCCUCUACUGGGCCGUCCAGUUCCAUUCCGAUGACAAAGUUUCCAACCUCAAGGUGUGGGUGGUGGACUUCGACAACUCGCAAGAUGCGCUCGUCGGACCCGCCGUCACCGAUCUGGCAAGACAAAUCGCGACGUCGAGCGAGUCAAAGCAGAACCUGGGCUACACCAUAAAACCCGCCGCUGACUUCGAGGACCCCGUCGCAGUCGUCCAAGCCGUCUACGACGAGCACUGCUGGGCCGCCAUCAUCGUCAACCCCGACGCCACAACCCUCCUCCGCGACGCGGUAUCCAGCGGCAACACCUCCUAUACCCCCUCCGACGCCGCGCAAUUCGUCAUCAUCUCCGCCCGCGACGAAACCACCUUCGCCAACUACAUCACCCCCUCCCUCAACUCCUUCGAGCUGCAGCUGCGCGCCUCCUUCGGGUUCGAAUGGGUGCGCAAUCUCACGUCGCAGUCGACGAAUCUCACGUCCGUUCCGCCGCAAGCCAUCAAUCCCGCCAUCGCAUUCAACACCCUCGACCUCCGCCCCUUCGCCCCGGCCGCCGCAACCCCCUCCGUCACAAUCGGGCUCAUCUACCUGAUCAUCCUGUCGUUCUUCAACUUCCCCUUCAUGAUGCCCGUGCACGGGAUGUUCAUGAAGCCGAACGAGAACGGGAAGACGCUCAAGAUCCCGCAGUGGCUGGUCUGGCGCGUCUGCUCGAGUAUCUGCACGUAUUUCUUCCUCUCGCUCUUCUACUCGUUCGUCUCGCUCGCCUUCCAGAUUCCGUUCUCGAAUGAUCCAGCCCCCGAUACCGUCUCCGCGAAUAACCCCAAUGCAUACGGCAAGGGCUCGUUCGUUGUCUUCUGGAUGCUGAAUUGGGUUGGUAUGGGCGCGCUCGGGUUCCCGCUUGAGAAUAUGUCUAUGAUUCUGGGAUUCCCGUACAGCGCGCUGUUCUUGAUCUUCUGGGUCAUCACGAACGUCUCGUCGGGUUUCUAUGCGUUGGAUGUUGCCCCCGGUUUCUUCAAAUGGGGUUAUGCAUGGCCGUUGCAUCGGAUUGUUAAUGCGCUGCGGACGAUCCUCUUCGGCACGCAUUCGAAGAUCGGCCUUGAUUUUGGGGUUCUCUUCGCUUGGAUUGGAAUCUCGCUUAUCUUGUUCCCCUUCGCUGCGUUUAUUCUGCGGUGGAAGAUGAAGAGGGGACUAUAG